CCACUGCUGCGUGGGCAGGGUAAUGAUUUGGUGUUUUCUGGGUGCAUGUUGUAGGGCUCCUCUAUAAUUCUAUUAGUCUUGCCACAAUAAUUUUUAUUGAAUUGAUCUUCUGAUUAGCUUUUACUUGUUCAUGCAGUGGGCAAUAACUGGGCAUUUCUUUAGAUAGCUAUCCCACUCACUAUAAGAACAAUGGCUAGUUGUGAGCAAGGAACUAUAGAGCAAGCUUCCCUUCAUGAAACUCCUGCACCAGAUGCUAGCAGAGAUGCCACUGAAGCAACACCACUCAUGACAAGUAAUCACAGGAAAUAUGGCAACAAGAAAAGUGUACUAAUCAAGUCAAAGGCUGCAAUAAUGAUUCUCUGUUGGACUGCAUUAAUGUCUUUCAUAUAUGGUUUCUUGCUGAAUCCUGAAAAUUAUUUCUUAUUCACUAACCUAUUGAUGAAAAUACCUUUCACACCAAUAAUUACCAUUACCAGUGAGAUGAUAGAUAGUGGUAUAUAUGCUGUAUUUGCUUUCUGGCUCCUCUUCUAUCCUCUAGCCGGAUACUUGGCAGAUGUUCGAUAUGGAAGAUAUAAAGUUGUGAGAUGUGGUGUGUGUACCAUGUGGUGUGGACUCUUGACAGUGGUUAUUCUCGGUGUCGUUGUCAACGCCAUUAUUGUGCCAAUUUUUAUUUUGGUAAGUUAUCCUCAUUACUGGGUUCUAGUAUUUAUUUUGCUUUUAGUGGUGAAUAGUGCACUUGCACUUUUUCUUCUUAUCUCGUUGUUGAUUGCAUUUGCUGCAUUUUUAGCCAAUGUUAUUCAGUUUGGGGUUGAACAAUUAAAUGAUUCUCCUUCUAGAGACAGCUUUCUCUUCGUUCACUGGUUUCUCUUCACACUAUAUAUUGGAAUAAGCGUUGGAAAACUUGUAUGGAGUGCAGCUUAUGCCACUAAUUUCUUAAGCCUUUCCCUAUUUCUACUUGUCGUAUUAGUUGAGCUUAUUUGUUUACCUACAACUUUCUGUGUUGCUAAGCGCAGGUGGUUUGUUAUUGACACUGGCAUUGAUAAUCCUUACAAAGAGGUUGCAAGAGUUGUCAACUUUGCAAGAAGAAACAAGAUUCCUAUUCAACGCAGUGCCUUUACAUUCUGGGAGGAUAACAUACCCACUGGACUGGAUCUAGGCAAGCACAAGUAUGGAGGACCAUUCACUACCGAGCAGGUGGAGAAUGUGAAAUCAUUUUUUGGAAUCGUUGUCCUUUUAUUUUCAAUUGGACCAUUCUUUACGGCUGAUAUUGCUGCAGCGCCAUUUCUCAGUAUACUGAAAGAUCACAUGAAAGCAGAGCCUCCUAACAUUGGGCCACCUGUUAUUAGUGUAAGCAACAUUGUUGACUCUAUAUUCACUAAUGGUGGCACUCUGUACCCCGUCUUUAUUAUUCUUUUUGUUCCUAUUUUUCUCAAAUUUAUUCAUCCUCUUUUUCAAAAAUACUUCCCUGGUAUUUUGAGGCGAAUUGGAAUUGGUCUUUGUCUCAUAACUGUCAGUCUGUUUUGCUCACUGUUUGUUGAUACAAUUGGUCACCUUCUCCCUAGCGGCCGCAAUGCUACUUCAGUGUUUGCUCCUGGACAAAAUAAUUAUUACAAUGAAUUUGAUCCUACUCUCUCCCUUAAUGUCUCCCCAUACUUUCUCUUUAUUCAGCAAGUCCUUAUUGCUGUGGCCUAUGUAUUUAUCUAUGGUGGAGUGUUUGAAUUCAUAUGUGCUCAAAGCCCUCACUCUAUGAAAGGAUUUCUCAUUGGAAUUUUUUUUGCCAUUAAAGGACUAUUUCAGUUGAUUGGUAUUCUUGGAAUUCUUCUACCGUUUAGUAUCUGGCAAGACUCCCCUCGAGCUGGACUGGUUUAUUUCCUGGUGAACAUUGUGAUCUCAGUCGCAGGUGUUGUGGUUUUCGUAGUAGCAGCAAAGAGGUAUCAGUAUCGACAACGUGAUGAACUUUGUAAUGUAAGAAAAUACAUUGAAGAUUUUUACGAGAAAGAUGUGAGUCAUAAUCGUGACUUCGAAGAUUUAGAUGUUCACUUUGAGAGCGAUUCUGACUCAGACACCCAAUGAAUGCAUGUAUAUCAAGUGUAGUGAAAAUAACAGUAUGCGGAUAGAAUUAUACGUAUAGUUGCGUUAGUUUAUAUUACGUGUAUAACGUAUAUUUAUGUUGUGUCUAUAGUAUAGUAGUGAUUUACCCUCUACCUUGAGGCAAAUAUUCA